AUGGAGAAUUCCGCUCACCAACCUGCAGCUGAGCUCGACGCCUUAGUCAACGCUACGCAAAGCUGUCCUAUAUGCAGAGACCUACUGCCCGGCGACGAAGAUGAUGAACUGAAUAUUAUCGGGACUCAAAGUCUCAGAGAUGAUUGUGGAUACUGUCGUAUUCUCAAAUCGGCCAUGAAUAGCCUUGCUGAUGGACCGACAACUCAGAUUUUUGUUCAUAGCAAAGAGGGUGGGCCUAUUAGCGUUGAGUACUUCUCUGAGAAGAACCCAGGCUCCGAGGAUAGCUAUGCGAGCAAGGCCGGGUUUAUCAUCUAUUCUCAUGAUAAGUCUCGACUCAUUCCUGACCUUGGAAUGCUCAGCGCAUAUCCCGAAUCAACCGAGCUUGAUGCAUCCGUAAAUUUCGUCAAUGCCCAGAUGUCAGAAUGCAGCACCAAACACGAGCCAUGCAAAAAACAGCUCGAGUCACCGCUUCCAACACGCGUCGUUAGUGUUGGCUCUUCUGACGCAGAUAUCCGGCUUGUCGAGUUAAAGAACGUCCCAGCACGAUACGUAACAUUGAGCCACUGCUGGGGUCGUAAACAACCACUCAGGACAAUUAUUGCCAACUUCGAAGACAUGAAAAAGUCAAUCGAUGCAAACUCCCUACCGAUUGUCUUCCAGCAAGCGAUUUGGAUCGUUCGGAUGCUAAAAAUCGACUAUAUAUGGAUUGAUUCACUUUGCAUUAUUCAAGACAGCCAGUCGGACUGGGAACUUGAGUCUUUGCAAAUGUGCGAUUACUACGAAAACUCCUUCUUGACUAUCUCAACAGCCACAUCACCAAAUUCUACCAUCCCAUUUCUCGGCCCUCGAGACAAGAGGUGGUGGCCGGCUAAACUCAACCUGACAAAUGGUUCGAGUAACGAAGACGUUUACGCGCAGCGCAUACCGAGCGAGCCAGAAGAAGAAGGAAUACUUUUUACGCGAGCGUGGACAUGGCAAGAGGCUGCCAUGUCAUCGCGCACAGUUUAUUUCACGCCGUCGGAACUCAUUUGGGAGUGUUUAGAACAUGUUGUGCCACAAAGAUAUAUACCCGAUCUUGAAGCAUCUGAAAGGCUGGGCUUUUCUAAAGUUUUGUCUAUUCUAAGAUUUAGCUUGAAUCCGGAUAUGGAUAGCGAUAUCGACAGGUCAGUGGGAGAUAGUAGUGACGACAUCUUGGGGAGCGAAAAUCCCAUGGGCAUACCUCCGCCAGGUUUCGACUCUGCAAUUUCGUCAAAUGCUUCGACACUCUCGCGCCCUGAUAGUCCCAGCUCCACCUCUUCCGACGCCAACAUAAUGAAUUAUGUUUGGGAUAUGUGGGAUGACUUAGUGACAUGCUGGUCACGUCGUCAUCUCACCUUUGUCACUGACAAAUUACCGGCACUGAGUGGCGUCGCGUCUCGUGUCCAUAAAAUCACAAAGUCCCGUUAUCUUGCAGGCAUGUGGGAGGAUAACCUUGGUAUCGAGCUAUGCUGGGCCAGGGCAUAUAGAGGGUAUCAAGACUUACCGACCCUUUCCACGCAGUAUGUGGCACCCUCAUGGUCGUGGGCCUCGAUACAUGGAGCAGUGAAGAGUCUGGUAGAGAGAACGAUCAGUACCUUUGAACCCAGCUUCACCAUCAUUGAAGCCAGCUCUAAUGUUUCAGGGCUCAACCCAUUCGGCGGGGUCACUGCCGGCCACCUUCUCAUGAGAGGACAGAUCGCUGAGGCGAUGUUGACCUGCGACGACCCUCAAACAAGUGUCUAUUAUAAAAUAUCGGGGCCUACAGACAAAUGGGAGUUUUCUCCUGACAGCAUCCUCGUCUUGAAUAAUGGCAAUGUAUUAAGGGCUAAGCAGGAUCCAAAGCCCUCCAAGUUCACGGCCAAGAUUCAUUGCCUAUACAUUGGCUCGAGAUACAGUGCUCGAGGCGACGAGAGUGACAGAGAAUUCUUCAUGUUAGUGUUGGGUCAAUCUGAAAAUGCUGAUGGCGAUAAGUCAUUUUGUUGCAUUGGUCUGGCCUAUUCCCAGAGUAACUUGUUAUUUAAAGGAGCUCCUGUGUUAGAUGUCAAGGUGGUAUGAACAUAACUCGAGUUGGAUCUGAGGGCUUUAU